AUGUUGUCGUCUGUGAAACUGAUGGCACUGUCAUGCAGCGUCGUGGUCGUUUUCCCAACAAUUGAACUUUGUCAGAGUGAUAAGCUAUACUUAAAAAGCAGACACUUAAAUCAGGACAAACAUAGUAUUAACAUGAAGGCCAUCAUCGCUUGCUGUCUUCUUCUCGCUGUAACGGCUCAGGCCGCGGUCUGGGCCAAAGUGAAGCCUGUCUAUAGGACGCGCCCCACUUUGCGCCAUGCCGUUCGAAGCAAAAUCAUUGGUGGCAGCAUUUCCACCCCUGGACAGUUUCCAUAUCAGGUCGGUCUUUACCUUGACGGAAGUGGUUUCUGCGGUGGCUCUUUGAUCAAGGACGAUGUCAUUUUAACCGCAGGCCAUUGUGCUGAUGGAACUCGUAAUUUCAAAGCUCAUCUUGGAGCUCAGAACAUUUAUGACGAAACCGAGCCAACCAGGGUGAUCGUCACCUCCACCAAUGGCAUCCUCCAUGAGUUCUACAACCCCAGCACCAUCAACAAUGACAUUGCCGUCGUCAAGCUGACGGCCCCAGUUUCUGGAGCUGGAAUCGGCGUCGUCAGACUGCCCGCACGUUCUCAGCUUGGCGAGACUUUCAAUGGAGUCUCGGCGCGAGUGUCUGGAUGGGGAAGAACCUCUGAUUCCAUUGGCGCAAUCAGUUCCGAACUGAAAUUUGUCGAUGUGACUGUGAUCGACAACUCUGAAUGUGCCAGCUAUUACGGAAAUAUCAUCAACGACUCUAAAAUUUGCGUGGACACUCUCGGUGGAACCGCCGGAACGUGCAACGGAGACUCUGGUGGCCCCCUGGUCAUCACCGAGGCCGACGGUGAAGUCACUGAAAUCGGAAUUGUGUCCUUCGGAUCCUCCGCUGGCUGCGAGUCUGGUGCUCCCGCUGCAUUCACCAGAGUUUCCGAGUACUUGCCAUGGCUGGAAACUAACGCCGGAGUUACCAUUAGGCCGUAAAUCAGAAAUAAAGAAAUAGCUAAUGGAAAAUCCACAAUAAACAAAAAAGUUUUUAAUUUGUGAAAAAUAUUAUGAAUAUUCAAAAUAAAACAUAAAACCAUUGGGAAACUAUGGAGAGAUUAA